AUGGUUCCCAAUCGCAAUGACGCGGCGGUGCGCCCAGCCCACGAUGUCCAUACUAACGUCACGGCCAAUACGCAGCGCAAUCGCUCGCCUCCCGCGCCGCGCAUGGCGGCUACUCCCCGCGCCAACACAGAUCCGGCCAUAUCGUUCGGCUCAAACACCGCAACAGAACCUCCUGCGCCGAUUAUCGAGCGACACGAACUUGAAACGAUACACUCCAAGUCGCCCCUCGCUGGCGUGAACAAGAUCGAUAGCGUUGACAAUGUCGCCGCAAGCGCUGGUGCGUCGGCCGCUGCUAGCAACUCCAGCCGGGACGCCAAACCCUCGUUUCGCGACCGACUGGGCCAUCUAAGACCCGACCGACUUGCGACGAACAAGCGGCGUCGCCAGAUGCACGGUAUGCUAUGCAAGGAAAAGGCCAGAGACCGCGUCGCCGCUAUAUACCAGACCAUUAUCAUCGAAGGCCUCCUGCGCCGGAAACCGCUGCCGCCAUCCCGCGAUGGUCGGCAUAUUCCUAUGAAUCACCCCAACGACCUAGUCGACGAGCGCAGUGGUGGGCACUACUGCAGCAACUUUAUCCGCUCCUCGCGCUACACUGUCUACGACUUUGUUCCGAAGCAGCUGAUAUUUCAGUUUAGCAAGCUAGGCAACUUUUACUUUCUCGUCAUGGGCAUCUUGCAGACCAUUCCAGGACUGAGCACUGUCGGACGGUGGACGACGAUCGGACCGCUACUUGCUUUUGUAGCAUUUAGCAUGGCCAAAGAGGGACUCGAUGACUACCGCAGAUAUGGACUUGAUAAGUCGGAGAAUCGAAGCAGUGCGCUGGUGCUGUCGCGCAAGGACGGCCGAAAACGAAACCUGGCACAUAUGCAGCGGAUCAAGCUGCGCAACGAUAAAGACAAUGUGACCGUCGAAGAGAUAGCGCUAGGCGGCCUUGAACAGACUCGCUUCAGCUCCGACUGGGUUGAGCUUGACUGGCAGCAAGUCCGCGUCGGUGACGUCGUCCGCCUGCACCGUGACCAAAACGUGCCUGCGGACAUGGUGCUGCUGCACGCCACAGGCCCCAACAACGUUGCCUACAUUGAGACCAUGGCGUUGGAUGGCGAGACCAAUCUCAAAGCGAAACAGGCAUCCCCACCACUUGCCACUCGUUGCGAAACAAUGGACGGCCUGCGCAAGACCCAGGCAGUCGUUGUGUCGGAGGAUCCCAACAUUGAUCUCUACAGCUACGACGGCAGAGUCAUGGUUGAUGGGGAGGCGUUGCCUUUGACUCUCAACAAUGUCGUCUACCGUGGGUCGACUCUACGCAACACGACUGCGGCUAUUGGUCUCGUUGUCAACUCGGGCGAAGAAUGCAAGAUCCGCAUGAACGCCCACAAAAACGUGCGCACAAAGAAGCCGGCCAUGCAGUCCGCCAUCAACAUGAUGAUUCUCUUUCAAAUUUUCAUCGUCGUCAUGCUUGCCAUUGGCUUCACCAUCGGCUAUUACCUCUGGGAAGGAGAUGUCGAGGACAAGUCUUUUUACCUCUACCAAAACGGCAGUUAUGAUGCCUCUGUACCCUUUCGAGAGAUUUUCUUUGGUUUCCUCAUCAUGUUCAACACUCUCAUCCCGCUCUCGCUAUACAUCAGUCUGGAAAUUGUGAAGCUGGGCCAGCUGCUGCUGUUGCAUGACGCUGACAUGUACGACCCUGUCUCGGAUACUCCCAUGGUGGCUAAUACCACGACGAUUCUGGAAAACUUGGGCCAAAUCAGCUACGUUUUCUCCGACAAGACAGGCACGUUGACGGAAAAUUUAAUGCGAUUUCGCAAACUUUCUGUCGCUGGGGUUUCUGUCUUGCACGACAUGGAUGUCUUACGGGAUGAGAAACUCAAGAAGGGCAAGCUGGCCUCAUACAAGGACUCAAAUAAGCGUGGGAAUCACCACACAAAUACCACAGCGUCAGCAGAGCCAGUUGGGCGCACAUCCAUGGGGUCUUACACCCACUGGAAGUCAUCCGUCCGACCCAACGACGAGCCAGACAUGAAAACAGAAGAGUUGCUCGAGUAUAUCCGCUCCAAACCAAACACCACCUUUUCUCGCAAGGCCAAGCUCUUUCUUCUGUGUAUUGCCCUUUGCCACACUUGCUUACCCGAACACAAAGAAGACGGUUCCAUUGAAUUCCAGGCCGCAUCUCCCGACGAGCUUGCGCUUGUCGAAGCUGCACAGGAUCUGGGCUAUAUGCUUGUUGAUCGCCCCGCUCAGAGCAUCAAGCUGCAGACGAUUGACGCAGAAGGACACCAGGUGGUUGAAUCUUACCAGAUAUUGGACGUGAUUGAAUUCACCAGCCAGCGAAAACGCAUGUCUAUUAUCCUUCGCAUGCCCGAUAAUACCAUUUGCGUGAUUUGCAAAGGUGCCGACAAUAUCAUUACUUCGCGGCUAAAGCUUAGCCACCUCGCCGAGGAGAAGGCCCGUCACAUCGGUCACAGAGCCAGCAUGCGAAAGACGUUUGAGAAGAACAAGGCGUUGCAAAGAAUGAGCAUGCAGAUGAGUGCUCGCUCCACGCCCAGAAAUAGUCUCACCAUGAAGAAUCGCGACUCGACAGAUAUUCGCGACGGUGUGCGGCGAAGCAUUGGUCGCUACUCUGUGGAUGGUACUCGGCUGGGAGAAGGCCCUCCCUCAUGGCUGCAAAGACGUCGUACCGAGGACUAUGGAACUCCCCGCCACUCGGCUGACUUGCUCAAUACUAACCGCCUCAGCCUCAACCGUGUCGUCUCGUUUGAUGCCAUUGACCGCCGUGUUGACGAGAGCGUAGCUGCGAGCGAUGCUGCAAUCUUUGAAAGAUGCUUCCAGCAUAUCGAUGAUUUUGCCACCGAGGGCCUGCGUACGCUGCUUUACGGCUACCGCUACAUUGACGAAGAUACCUACACAAAAUGGAAGGCAAUGUAUCGCGAAGCGGAGACCAGCCUCGUCGACCGUCAACAGCGUGUUGAAGCGGCCGGUGACGUGAUUGAGCACAAGUUUGAUUUGGCUGGUGCGACAGCUAUCGAAGACAAAUUGCAGGAUGGCGUGCCGGAAACCAUCGAUAAGCUGAGCCGCGCCAACAUCAAAGUCUGGAUGCUCACCGGUGACAAGCGUGAGACGGCAAUUAAUAUUGCGCAUUCUGCGCAUGUCUGCAAGCCUUACUCUGAACUGUAUAUAUUAGACGCAAACGCGGCUGGAACGUUGACGGAUCAACUGACCAUGACACUUACCGACGUCAGUCGCGGCAUGGCGCCCCAUACUGUCUUGGUUGUGGAUGGCCAGACCCUCACCAAAAUUGACACUGACAGCGAUCUCUCCAUUCUCUUCUACGACCUGGUUAUUCGCGUCGACUCUACCAUCUGCUGCCGCGCGUCUCCCUCGCAGAAGGCCGAACUGGUCAAGGCCAUCCGACGCUAUGUCCCCAGCAGUAUGACCCUCGCCAUCGGUGACGGCGCCAACGACAUUGGCAUGAUCCAAGCUUCGCAUGUCGGUAUUGGCAUUUCCGGUCGCGAGGGCCUGCAAGCGGCUCGAAUUGCCGACUAUUCCAUUGCGCAGUUUCGCUUCCUAGAGAAGCUCCUAUUUGUCCACGGUCGCUGGAACUAUCUACGCACUGGAAAGUAUGUGCUGGCCACCUUUUGGAAAGAAAUCUUCUUCUACCUCCUCCAGGCGCACUUUCAGCGCUUUACAGGCUAUACAGGCACUUCACUGUUCCAGUCGACUAGUCUCACGCUGUUCAACACGCUGUUCUCGUCGCUCGCUGUCAUCCUACCCGGUAUUUUUGAGAGGGACCUGCGCGCCGAGACACUCUUGGCUGUGCCGGAGUUGUAUACUUUUGGCCAGCGGAACAAGGCGUUCAACUACCGGCUGUACAUUGGAUGGAUGCUGAUGGGAAUUGCCAGCAGCUUCAUCGUCUAUUACAUUACCUGGGCCGUGUACAAUUCAUCCCUCUUCACGGAAGACACUUCCCUAUAUGCCAUGGGCACCAUUUGCUUCACCGUCGGCGUCGUCUUCAUCAACACCAAGCUUUUCAUCAUAGAACUGCAUAGCAAAACUGUCAUUACGUUUACCGGCUAUGUUAUUACGACUGGCGGCUGGUUCGUCUGGCUGUUGAUUCUCAACAAGCUCAUUUCCCCGGCGAUGAAUGUCUACCUCGUUCAUAAUACAUUCACCCGCAACUUUGGCGCGCAUCUUCAGUGGUGGACAGCCCUGCUCCUCGCUCUGACGGGGCCCAUCAUGCUGGAGCUCGUCGCUCAGAGCGUCCGCAGGGUAUAUUGGCCGACAGAUACAGAUCUUAUGCAGCGCCUGGAAAAGGAAAUCGAUGUACAGAAGAUGAGGGCCCUCUUUGACCCAGAACCGGAGACCUAUUAUCCCCACGACGACGACGAACAAGCUACUGCUAGUAACUUGCGCGACCGUAGGGCCGACGUUGCUUCGACAGGAAUCAGCCAUACUCUCGACAAUAGCCCUACCACCGCCAGUCGAUUCUCACAGUCGGAUACGCCGCGAAGGGCGCCGGCUACCAGGGCCAGUCUUGAUGAGUACAGACCAGCGCAGUCUACGCAGCUGGCGGAGGAACUGGACAAUCCGCCUAUCAGACCCCGUGCCAAACUGGAGCAAAUACAAGGCGACUAG